CUCUCCCAUAUUCGCGUAUUAUAUUAUUAUAUUAUAAUGUCUGGUCGCGGUAAAGGUGGAAAAGUUAAGGGUAAGGCAAAGUCUCGUUCCAACCGAGCUGGAUUACAAUUUCCAGUUGGUCGUAUUCAUCGUUUAUUACGCAAAGGAAAUUAUGCUGAACGAGUUGGAGCUGGAGCACCCGUCUAUCUAGCCGCUGUUAUGGAAUAUCUAGCCGCCGAAGUUUUGGAAUUGGCCGGUAACGCAGCACGUGACAACAAGAAAACCAGAAUUAUUCCCAGACAUCUUCAGCUGGCAAUCAGAAACGACGAAGAGUUGAACAAAUUGCUAUCGGGAGUAACUAUCGCUCAAGGUGGUGUUUUACCGAAUAUCCAAGCCGUCCUCUUGCCAAAGAAGACAGAAAAGAAAUCAUAAAUACAAUCUGUAUGUGAAACGGCC